GGAUAAUGGUAUGUUAUGUUUUCGAUUUACGAAGCCAGAAUUUUGUUUUUAUUUAUAUGUUGGAUUGGGAUUUCCCCCCUAAUAUCAUGGGAUUUUCUGAUUUUGCAAUUUAUUUUGAGGUGUAGUUUGCAAAUAGCAAAAGGUAGCAAAGGACGAUGCGGGAUCACUUUCCGACGGUUCCGACACCGGCCAACCCCAUACUCGUAUACCUCUCGUAAUCAUGACAUCUCUGAGGAUUUGUGCCCCAAAAAAUGUUCCAAAGCUUUGGACAAGAAAGAUUGGGAAGAGACAACAUGUUCUGUUUGUAUGGAGUGCCCUCAAAAUGCUGUUCUUCUUCUCUGCUCAUCCCAUGACAAUGGCUGCCGUCCUUACAUGUGUGGAACUAGCUUCCAAUACUCGAACUGCCUUGAUCAGUACAAGAAGUUCUACACUAAAGUACUCUCGUCCAAUGAGGAUGAACCUCUGAUUAGUUCCUUUGAUAAUCCGGUCUCGGCACCACGUUCUGGUUUGCCUGUCGAGAAGCGUGGAGUAACAGAACUCGCGUGUCCACUUUGCAGGGGUCAGGUAAAAGGAUGGACUGUAGUAGAACCUGCAAGGGAAUAUUUAAAUGCUAAAAAGAGAAGCUGCAUGCAGGAUGACUGCACCUUUGUUGGGACUUUUAAGGAACUAAGGAAACAUAUGAGAUCGGAUCAUCCAUGUGCUCAGCCACGAGAAGCGGACCCUGUUCUCAAACAGAAAUGGAGGAGGCUUGUACAGGAACGGGAGCAGGAGGAUGUGAUAAGUAUAAUAAGAUCGGCAAUACCAGGGACAAUGGUUUUUGGUGAUUAUGUAAUAGAAGGAAAUCGCCAUGGUUUUGGGACAGAUGAAGAUGAUGGUCUCGAUGUAGAUACUGCCGAAAGGAAUGGAGGUUUGGAAGCAAGCUUAGAUAGAAAUUUCAUUUUUCUUCUGCUGCAUGCAUUUGGGCCAUCCAGGAAUGACCUGUGUAGACAACCAAGGCAGCCUACGCAUACAGCAGAUGACACCUCACCUGUUGGCUUAUCUGAUCCAGAUGACGACAACUUUAGUAGUGACGACAAUGAUGGAGGCAAUAUCUCUUUGGUUAGCCGCCUCCGCCAGAGAAGACGGAGUCGAAGAGAUGCCACCGGAGAUCAGAUAUAAGAUCGAUAGAAGUUAGUACACCUUCAAAGGAGGACA